GUGCAGCCCCGCCUGGUGAGCCACCAUGGAGGCCUCGCACGCAUCCAGCACGAGCCGCUCGAUGCUCAUCUCGGACGCGCUACGCAAGUACAAGAUCAUUGUCGGCUACCUCGUAUUCGUCGCCAUGCUCAUCGGCGUCUUCGUCGUCAAGGACCGGCUGGUGCAGUGCGGCCUCGCCGUCGGGGGCAUCGUGGUGCUCUGGACGCUCGAGCCCAUCCCCUAUCACGUCGCCUCGUUCGUGCCCUUGGUGGUGUUCCCGCUCUCCAACCUCAUCCCGGCCAAGGAAGUCGCCAUGAGAUACAUGAACGAUGACAUCAUCCGUGCGCUGUCGGGACUGUUCAUCUCCAUCCUACUGCAGACGUCCAAGCUGAACCGGCGCAUGGCGCUGUACCUGAUGCUCGCGGUGGGCACCAGCGUGCGCUGGCUGCUGCUGGUGUACAUGUGGCUCGUCUUCCUCUUCGCCAUGUUCGUGACGGACGCCGCGGUGACGGCGAUCAUGAUCUCGCUCGUGGACACCCUGGUGGCCGAGGUGUACGCCAGCAAGGUGCGCGUGCGCGUCGUCAAGCUCAACAAGGCCAACGAAGAGGCGAGGCUCAAGCAGCAGCAAGCCGCGGCCGCGGGCGGAGCCGGGGCUGAGCAGGAAGCCCGUGCGGGACUCGACGGCCAGGAGAUCGCGCCCUACGGUAUGCACAAACACAGCAGGUACGGUGCAGCGCUGCUCAGCUCGAGGACGUAG